AUGGACUCGGAUGACGACUUGGUCUCCUCGGGCACUGAGGUAUGGUCUUUUUGCAUGGGCCAUCUGCGCGUGUGGGAGAGUGUGCACUGUCUGUGUGCGGAUUUUGCCGGAUUUUGCUUGUUUGGAAAGCGCUGCGUCCCCUUCGGCUCCCGACGGCCCCUGGAUGAUGUACCAUCUGGUUUAACUUGUGCGCUGCAUGCCAUGCCUCCCCAGAUGGACGACGAGUACGAGUCGGACCUGGGGUCGGACGAAGGCGACGGUGACGAAGCCUUGGCCAUGGAUUCAGAGACAGAAGAGGUGCACGAGGCCAAGGUCGAUGUCUUGACUCCCACCGAGCUCCUCAGCGCUCAAUUCCAAGCCAUUGAGGAAGUCAAUUCCAUCUUCCAAAUCCCGGCCGCCACGGCCCGUCACCUCCUCGCGCAUUUCAACUGGAACAAAGAGCGCUUGCUGGAACGAUACUACAGUGAUGGCGACCCCGACCGUCUGUAUGCGGAGGCACACUGUGUCAAGCCAGAAAACAUCCAGACCAAUUUGGUGACCGAAUGUGGCAUUUGCUGCGGGGACAUUCAACCCGAUGAAUCGGUGCAGUUACCCUGUGGCCAUCCCUUUUGCCAAUCAUGCUGGGCCGCCUAUUUUCGCGAGAAGGUCAUGAAUCAAGGCACUACGGAUAUUGCUUGCAUGGAGUACACUUGUGAUGUUUUGGUGGAUGAAUACACCGUAUCAAAACCUUACCCCUCCCGUAACCCUAGGGCCUUUGCCAAUGUUCCUUUGGACCACACCAUUGCCUUUGAUGGCUUUCUACUUUUUCAGCAAUUAGUCAUUGUGCUUUUGUUGAAGGAUGAUCAGGAGACGCUGGCUCGAUACAAUUACUUGGUGGCCAAGGCAUUCGUCAAGCACAACAAGAAAAUUCAAUGGUGCCCAGCCGUCAAUUGCACCUAUGCAUUGCGUUUAGAACUUCCGCGGGCUCAGCCCGUCACCUGCAAAUGUGGUACCACAUUCUGCUUCAAGUGUCAGCAAGAAUGGCACGCCCCUCUCAAGUGCACCAUGCUGGGCCGGUGGCUCAAAAAAUGUGCUGACGACUCGGAAACCUCCAACUGGCUCUCCUCGCAUACCAAGGAAUGCCCCAAGUGCCAUGCCACCAUUGAGAAGAAUGGCGGCUGCAACCACAUGACGUGCCAGGAGUGUCGUCAUGAGUUUUGCUGGCAAUGCAUGGGCGACUGGGCCCCCCACGGCUCAUCGUGGUAUCAGUGCAACCGAUUUGACGAGCAAGAUGCCAAGGACGCCCGUGCCCGUGCCCUCGACUCGCGUGCCUCCCUUGAUCGCUACCUCUUUUACUUUCAUCGAUUUGCCAAUCACGACCACAGCAGCAAGCUUGAACAUAAGCUGUGGCAGCUGGUCGAGCACAAGCAGCGCGAGAUGCAAAAGGCCAACUUUACCUGGAUCGAAGUGCAGUUCCUGGGCAAGGCAGUCGAGUCACUGCAACGAGCUCGCAGCGUGCUCAAGUUCACUUAUGUCUUUGCUUACUACCUGGCCAAAAACAACCAGUGUGAGAUUUUCGAGUCCAACCAGAGAGACUUGGAAAUGGCCACCGAACGCCUUUCUGGUUUCCUCGAGGGCGAAGCCACCGACAUUGACCUGAGCAAGCUGCGUCUGGAAGUCAUGGACCUCAGCAACUAUUGUGAUCGCCGCUACGACGUGCUGUUGGACCACGUGCAAGAAGGCUACGAAAAGGGCUUGUGGGAGUACAACGAUGAAGACAUGCGGACCGCCAUGGCCACCGAGUCGUAAUCUCAUCUCGGCUUGAAACCACAAGACUCUUAGACAGACGCACCUGUAUAUUGCCGAGUCUGUGCUGCGCCCGCGUCUCCCACCAUUCUUGUUCUUGCGGUGUUGCCUGGCCGUGCCACGCCUCGCAAGAACUUGGCUGCGGUUUUUCACUGUUUUCGUAGUGCACUGCUCGCGUUGAGACUUGACCGUAUAAAGCUUGCGCUGUUGCUUCCGCACCAAGUGUUUUUUUUUUUCCCCUUCAUUAUAUUCCACGCUUGCUCUGCCCACUUGCUAGUGCGUUAAAGCCCAAGC